CAUUCCCCGCAACCCCGCAGCCAUCUACAGCCAUCUCAAAACACGCGACGGUACGGAGAGCAUACCACACAAAGGUAUCAGGUCAGAUAAGUGGCCUCUGCUGAGGUGAUGGCCAUUUGCCGAAGGCAUGCGGCCUGGUCAGUCGCGACCCUCACGGAUGGACUUGUCACAAACUUCAUUGUUCCCAUGGGCCCUCUCCUGCUGGUGUCGCAUCUGGAGUUUGUCCAUCCCUACCUCAACACGGCAGAAGGUGUUGAUACUCUCCAGGCACAGGCGCAUAAGGAUGGCAUGGUCGAUGAGGUUUCGAUGCACUGGGCUGUCGUGGCGAGAUUGUGGAGCCAGGCGUUUGCGGGGUUCCUGGCGGGCAGGACCGCCGGCAGAGUGCUCGGCCCGGCCGCGGCUUCUCGGGCCAGCCUGGGAGUCGUGGUUGCGGUCGGCGUGAUCGGCGUGGCCAUCACCCAAGCGUGGCUUGGGCUGGCCGGCGUAACGGAAACGAGGCACGUCUUGGUGGAAAUAAUGUUUGCUUGCGCCGGCCGCCGCCCCCCUGCCCUCCAUCUUCAGUUCUUUUGGGCGCGAACACUAGGUGGGAUCCUCACCGGAGCCCUCUGCAGCGGUGCGCUGUCCCUGUGGGCGCCUUGCCCCCGCUCCUCCUCGUGCGAGCGGUGCAGCGCUUUCCCGGGAUCGAGACACUUCUCGGAAAUUUCCUCCAAGGGGGGGGACCUGAGCAGCAACUCUUCCAGCACCGUCGCCGCCGGCCUCAGGCGCGCGGACUCCCGGUGGCACGUGGGUCUGGUGCUCGGCCUCCUGAUCGGCGGCCUGUGCUACGGCCGGGGAGGGAGGGGGGGGGCCGGCGUGGCGCCGAAGGACGGGGGGGAGGGGGCAUCGUGGUUCGACGACAAGCCCGCGUUCGUGGCGUGCGCUGCCGCCUGUUCGUUGGUACUGUCCGUCGCCGUGGUGGCCUGGCGGCGCACCGGCAACGACGACGCGAUAGAAAGUAUAACCGUCGCCGGGUGCGGCCGAACAACCGGGGCCCCGAGCGUCUUCGGCCGCUGCCUCCGGCGUGGUAGGGGGGGUUCCGCAGGGCGAAAAGAGGCGUUUGGGGGGGGGCAGGACGAUGGGGAGGGGGAACCCUUGCUGGCUGCUGGGUCUCUUGACGCUCCUGGGACGCCUUUGUCGGUGCCUGCGCCGGGCGAGAGCAGUGAUGUGGAGGCAGGGGCGGGGGUUGGCGCUGAUUGCCCCGUGUCUUCGAGAUAUCUGGCCGCCUGCAAGGGAAACACGGUCGCCGCGAAGGCGAUGUGGGACGAAACCAUCAAAUGGCGAGCGGACACAGGAGCCGCGCGGUCGCUUUCCACCCCCCAGCCGACCCUGGACAUCAUCAAGCAGUGCUACCCUUACUUCGUGCACGGCCGUUCCAAAAAGGGCGAAGUAGUGGUCUACGAGCAAACGGGGAAGAUGCAGUUCGGCCGCCUCGCGGAUGCCGGCGUUUCCCCGUUCGAUAUGCAGAUGCACUACGCGUUCUUCAACGACUUCGUGUUCAGCAAGCUCAACGACGAGGGCGACGAUGAUGCUAAGCUCAUGACCGUACUCGAUGUCGGGGAGCUCCGGCUGGCGACCAUCAAGAACAACACGGUCGUUACAAAGUACCUCGCCGCCACUGCGGAAGUGAUGCAGAAGCACUACCCCGAGCGCCAGAGCCGCAUCCUGGUGGUGAACGCCCCGUGGUGGUUCGCGGGCAUCUGGAAGGGGGUGUCCGGAGUCCUGUCUUCGGGGACGCAGGCGAAGCUGCAGAUCAGGGGGAAGAACUUCUUGCCGACGCUGCUGGAGCACGUGGACGCUUCGCAGAUCCCCUCGGAAUACGGCGGUGAUAGCCCGCAAGCCCUGGGAGAGUCCACGGAUGAGAUGGCCUUGCGGAAACUGGCAGCUAGCUUGGGUCCGACGUCGUUGCCGCCGCCGCCAGAAGGGGCUGCACACUCCCGGUCUGAUGUCGGCGCCAGCGAAAGGAGCGGCGAUGGGUCGGCGGUUGGCAGUGUCGCCAACGGGGACGGGGAAGACGGCGACCAACUUUUCCCGGAUUAUAGCGGCGGUGUUGGUGGUGAGAGCGGGGGCAUGGACGAGGGCAGAAUGCCUGGUGAAAUUGUUGGCGGCGACGGCGGGGGUAGCAGCCAUGGCCUUCCCGAUGGCGAGGAAGGCAGCGCGCUGCAGGCGUCCUCGCGGCCGCGCGAGAGCUCGGCCGUCUCGGCUGCCGUCGCCGGCGGCCCUGAUCGCGACGCCAAAGGGGCGAGCUUCGGUCCCGGUAGCGGUGGAGACUGGGACGGCGGCGAGAGGGGACCACCUGCAGACGGCGGCAGCGGCAGCGGCGGCGCCGGGGGGCUAGGCGUGACCCAGCGGUUCGCGUCGGCGGUGCGAAGGAUGCGAGGGGGCGCCACAAGAGCAUACCUCGGUGUGGAGAACAAGUUCCGGUACGACACGGCCCGAAGGAUGUGGGUGAUGGAGGGCGAGGGCAGCGGUCGAAUCGGGGCGACAGGGAGCGACGGCAGCGGUGGUGUCGGCGAGAGAACAGGGCGCAAAGACACAGGAGGCGUGCAGGACGAAACCGCAAGAGGUGGCGACAGCGACAAGGACAACUCGGAGCAGAACUUGAUCCGCGCCAUCCAAGCCGCGCAGCAGGCGCGGGGCGGAGCGAAGAGCGUUUUCUCCUCCCGGGCCAACGGCGGCAACCGCGGCGGCGGCGACAUUGUCAGGACGUGGAGGAUGGAAGGCCCGCCGCCGGGGGGGAGCGAGGGCGGCGAGACUACGACAGCCAUGGUUCUGGCGCUGCACCUGGUGUGGGUGGCGUUGGAAGCGGCCACGGAGGCUUUGCUACCGUUAUGGAUGCUAUCCCCUGGGGGUCACGGCGGUCUCGGUUUCUCGGCUGCAGACACCGGUGUCGUUCUGGCGAUCGCGGUGGCCUCGCUGGCCUUGCCGCGAUACUUCUUUCCGACCGCGCUGCUGCGGGUGGCCGCUCGCUCCCCCGUCCGCACGCUCCGGGCGGCCACGAUCGUCCAGGUUAUCGCCGCCACCUUCCUGUCCGGGGUAGCAACCUCGGCGUGGACGUGGACGGGCCCGCUCUCCCGAGACGCCACCUUCGCCGCCGUUACCGCGGCCGCCGCCGCGUCCCGAGCGGCCUGCACGAUGCUCGCCCGGCCGGCCCUGGGCAACCUCUUGAACGUCGCUCUCGGCCACGCCGGCGGCGGCGGCGGCGGAGUAAGCGACCGGCAUCACCGCCGGCGGUCGGCGGACGGCUUCCUGCUGGCGGUGACCGCCGGGGUUUCACAGUCGAUUGGCGUGUUGGCGAUGGGGGUGGUGUUUUCCAGGGCCGUGACGGUGGGGGCGGACGCCGGCGUCGUGUCGUUCAGGCUUGUCGCCGCUGCCUUCGUCGGCGUGUAUCUGGCGACGCUCUUGGUGACUUCCUCGAGCGGGACGGCGGGGUGCAGGGCGAGAUGGCGCGGCGGCAGCGGCGGCGGCGGCAGCGGCGGGCCCUGGCUGGCCAUGUGUGACUGCGUGGAGGAGGCGACGGCCGCGAGCACCGUGUCGUCGCCGCCGAUGUCGUCGUACACGCUGGGGGAGGCGUGGGGGGGGGAUCAAGCGGGGGGCGGGUGGGUCGCGGGUGCAAGCGACCUUGCAAAGGAGUCGUGAUUUUUGGGUGCAAGCGACCUGGCAAAGGAGUCGUGAUUUUGAUUCCCUUGAGUGGCUGCAGUCAAAUCCAACACUUGGUUUUUUUAAGUCUCCACAAAAGAUGUGGGUUUGUGAGUUUAGUUUUUUCGUCAUGGCCGGUGGUUGUUUUUGCAUGACUCUCGCCUUUUUUGGUGUAGGCGGAAGAGUAUCAAAUGUGAUCGUUUGUUAGCGAUGUGCUGUGUUUGUGCUGCGGUGUGGGACGAAGUCGCACAACUCAAAUGAAUAUUUUUGUGUGUAGGGUCUGUCGACAACGAUCGUUUGGUGUAGCCCGUGUUGUUGCGCUCAUUAUCUCUAGAUUGCGUUGUGGCGUCGGAGUGUAGCUGGACUAUGGGGGGGGGGGAUCACAGGUAUGGGGGGAUCAAGGUAUAGGUGGUAUUCGGUGUCGUGGAUCAUAGUGUUCAUAUAGAGCUUGCUGUCGAUAAAAAGAGUCACGUCCGUGUCCGCUUUUAUUUUUUGUUUUGUUUUUUGAUGUUUUGAACAGGCACAACGGGUUAGCGGUCUCUGACUGUGCAAGUAGUGACAUCCGGCACAGUGCCUUAAAACGUUGACGCAGGAUCGCCUGCUCGCCCCCCAGCUCUGCUGGGACACGUUCGAAGACACGCGGGGGAGAACUUCCUCCCCCUUGUUUUGAAUGUUCAAGCGUUUCGCACAGUCCCAUGGCCAGAAGGUGAACUAGUAUGGCUAUUGGCUUGUUGGCCGUUGGGGAUGACACCCAUCCAUAUGGAUUUCCGAAAUAUACAGAUUGAGAGCGCGCGCGGGUAGGGGGAGAGGCUUUGCUUUAUCUGGUUUGUUUAAGCACGCACACAACAGGCAAAAUAACAUGAUGGGAUUGUCGCAGGUCGGACAACCGAGAACUGUUUGCGGGGAUAGAGCAAUAACCCUCCCACGUGCCGCAAGGGUUCAGUUUUGGAUUUGGUCUGUCUAGAUCGGAGUUGCACUCCCCUGCGAACCGAGCUUGAUGUCGUUACCCUGACAGUUGUAGUGCCACGUGGUUGGCGCGCUUGCCAUUCAGUACUGUAGACACAACGCGGGAAAGGCGUUGGUGUCUGGGUCUGCCGGAUGCUGCUGCUGUAUGUAAAAUCUGAAUAAAUUCCAUCAAUCACAGUAAAGUGUCGAGCGCGCGUGCUUCGGCAUACAGCGCCCCAUUACCCUGAUCUACCU